GAGGUGGCGGGUUCUGAUUGGACAGAACACAAUCUAACAAAACUGGUGAAGUCUACUCUGAACGCAUCGAACAACUUUAACCACUUCCCGCCGUGUGCAUUCUUACGUAGUUUCUCCUUCCCUACGAUUCUAUUCUGCCUAUCCAAAUUAUACAUUACCCUCUCUCUUCCAUUUUCACACACAUACACUCUCUCUCUCUCCCUCUAAAAUCAAACCAUGAUUUGAUCUGAUUAAGUUUGGACCCCCCAACUUUCUCGAUUUCUUCGCCUAUGCAUCAUGGCGACAAAAGGGAACUCAGGAGACCAUAAAACCAGGAGUUCUUUCUCAAUUUUUAUUGUAGUCGGUUUAUGUUGUUUCUUCUAUGUAUUGGGCGCAUGGCAGCGAAGUGGUUUUGGAAAGGGUGAUAGCAUUGCUCUUGAGAUCACCAAACAGACACAUUGUAGCAUUCUUAAUAACUUGAAUUAUCAGACAAGCGGUGAUGCUGGGAUAGUUGAUGGUUCCGGAGCAGAAGUGAAGGAGUUUAAGCCGUGUGAUGAUAAGUUUGCUGACUACACUCCUUGCCAAGAUCAAAUGAGGGCGAUGACAUUUCCUCGAGAUAAUAUGAACUAUAGGGAACGGCAUUGUCCUCCUGAUGAAGAGAAGCUGCAUUGUCUUAUUCCAGCACCUAAAGGGUAUGCAAAUCCUUUUCCAUGGCCAAAGAGUCGUGACUAUGUACCCUAUGCAAAUGCACCUUACAAGAGCUUGACAGUUGAAAAGGCUGCUCAGAAUUGGAUACAGUAUGAGGGUAAUGUGUUUAGAUUCCCUGGUGGAGGAACACAAUUUCCCCAAGGGGCAGAUACCUAUAUCAAUCAACUUGCUGCUGUGAUUCCCAUGGACAAUGGUCUGGUUAGAACUGCGUUAGAUACCGGAUGUGGGGUUGCAAGUUGGGGUGCAUAUCUUACCAAGAAGAAUGUUUUGGCCAUGUCAUUUGCUCCAAGAGACUCUCAUGAAGCACAAGUUCAAUUUGCAUUGGAGAGAGGUGUUCCAGCUGUUAUUGGUGUUCUUGGAACUAUCAAGCUGCCUUAUCCUUCUAGAGCAUUUGAUAUGGCUCACUGUUCUCGUUGCUUGAUUCCAUGGGGUUCUAAUGAUGGAAUGUAUAUGAUGGAAGUUGAUCGUGUUCUUAGACCUGGUGGUUAUUGGGUGCUUUCUGGUCCUCCCAUCAACUGGAGAAACAAUUAUCAAGCAUGGCAGCGUCCCAAGGAGGAACUUGAGGAGGAACAGAGAAAAAUUGAAGAAAUUGCCAAACUUCUCUGCUGGGAAAAGAAACAUGAGAUGGGUGAAAUAGCCAUCUGGCAGAAAAGAAUAAAUUCUGAUGUAUGCCGUGAGCAAGAUCGUCAACCUAAAAUGUGCCAAUCCACAAAUCCGGAUGAUGUCUGGUAUAAGAAAAUGGAGGCUUGUGUAACUCCCUAUCUCAAGACAAAUGGGCCGAAUGAAUUUGCUGGUGCACCAUGGCUAACAUUUCGUGAAAGACUUAAUGCUGUUCCAUUCAGAAUAUCUAGUGGCUCCAUUCCUGGAGUAUCUGUUGAAACAUUCCUGGAUGACAACCGUCUGUGGAAGAAGCAUGUAAAUGCUUAUAAGAGGAUAAACAAAAUCCUUGAUUCAGGAAGGUAUCGCAAUGUCAUGGAUAUGAAUGCUGGAAUGGGAGGUUUUGCUGCUGCUCUUGAAUCUCCAAAAUUAUGGGUUAUGAAUGUUAUGCCUACAAUAGCUGAAAAAGAUACUUUGGGUGUUAUAUAUGAGCGUGGUUUGAUCGGCAUAUAUCAUGACUGGUGUGAAGCCUUCUCCACAUACCCGAGAACAUAUGACCUUAUUCAUGCAAAUGGUGUUUUCAGCUUGUAUAAGGAUAAGUGCAAUAUGGAAGAUAUUCUUUUGGAAAUGGAUCGUAUAUUAAGGCCAGAAGGUACAGUCAUAUUCCGGGAUCAAGUGGAUGUGCUGAUCAAGGUGAAGAGAAUUGUUGGAGGAAUGAGAUGGAAUACGAAAAUGGUGGAUCAUGAGGAUGGUCCACUUGUCCCAGAAAAGGUGUUGUUUGCUGUCAAACGGUAUUGGGUCGCUGGAGAUAACAACAGCACUUCCUCACUGUGAACAGGAAAGACACUGCUAAAACUGCAUACUGAUACUAUCAGGAAAUGCUACUUUCUUUUCUUUCUUUUUUUUUUUUUUUCUUUUCUUGAUUCAGACCCAACAAAUUAUUUUCCUCACCCAUGGGCCAAUUGCGGAUUAGCAAAAGCCAUUAACUGUGGCUUGUGCAGUUCGUGUUCUUUUGAUUUAGAUAUAGGAUACAGGUAGGUCAUUCAUGCUCGCAAGAUCUCAUGGCAUUGCGGAUCUUGCAGUCCUUUCUAUUCCAAAUUUUGUUCUUUUCCUCUUGCUUUAAUUCGUGGACAUUCAUGUUUAACUUCAGUCUCAGGCAUAGAUGGAGCCCAGUGUUGGUUUCUCUGCCUCCUGUUGCAGUCUGUCUGUAAAGAAAUUUUGAGGUUUACAUGAUACAUAUCUAUAAUUAUUUGGAGCAUAAUUAAGAAGCCUUCUCUUUUUCUC